ACGUAUUCGCCAGUAGAGGCACACACAUACACACACACACACACGAGGAAGUGUAAGCUGGUGAUACUGUUGUGGUUCAGCCGUGACAGAGGCGUUGUGUGUCCGCCUUGCAGAGUGACGCAGCUGGAACACAACACGGCAGCAGUUACCGCUGGACCUCGGCGACGGACGCGUCGGGGUAAAUUGGUCCGAGUGCUCUCGUCGUCAACAGAAGAGCAAGUGUGGCCAAUGGCGGCUGCAGGCAGACCAAGUCAACCCACUUGAGUGGCGGAUCCAACAGAGGGGUGGGGGGCCAAUCAUCGCCCGCGCACACACACACUCGUCUUAAGUAAGAAUAGUAGGGGGGGAGGGGGCAUGUUAACCCUUGCCUGGAGGUGCGCAGUGGCAGUGCGCAGGUCACACACACACAUGGGGCCCGGCCGGCAGUAAAUCAACGCCAAUCAUCGUCUGGCUGUUGGACGAAGCACACGUGAACAGAGGCCAUCGAUCAGUGCAGUGAGUGAGCCUUGUGAGAGUGGGUGUAAGGGCAGGUAGUAGUGCCCUCAGCCUCGCCCAGGUGCCCGCCCCCCGGGCCCUACAGCUGCUGCUGCCCCGUCGUCAGGAGAACUCCACCCCCGGGCUCAGUGCUUAUCGGGGACUUGUGGCGAUCGGUCGGGUGGUCGGGUCGGGACGCGCGCAGAGCCCGACCAGCCCUGGUGGUUCGUUCUCUCCAUUCAUUAAUCAUGGUGACGUAGCCAGCGCGGGUCACACGGAGCCCCUCGUAUUGGUGCUCACAGGUCACGUGGUAUGCUAAUUGUCGGUGCUAGGAGGAGUCAAACCCAACGGUCGAGGCACUACUCACAAGUAAUAUUAUUUGGGUCCAAAUCACCAAAAAUUAAUGACGAUGAGUUCGUUUUUGAUGAACUCGGGACCGUACGUGGACCCCAAGUUUCCCCCACCGGAGGAAUACAGCCAGAACUCCUACAUACCGCCGCAGAGUGACUACUACAACCCUGCCCAACACUACCCCUACCAUGGCAUGCACCAGGCUGGCAUGCAGUAUGGGCGCGAUGCCAUGCAGUACAACCAUGCGGGCUAUUACCAGCAGGCGUGCGUCAUGCCCCAACACCAGCCCAUGGCCGCCCACAUCAGCCCCCAGAUCGCGCCCUGCCACAGUCCCCUACAGCAGCAUCAAGUGCCGCCAAGGUCCCCGGUGGCGUCACCAGACCCCUCUGCGGGCGGCGCGGGCGGGGGAGGUGGCAUGGGCGCCCAGAUGGCGCAACACAUGGGUGCAGGCGGCGUCGAAGGCUCACCGGAAGAAACGGUCACGGAGCUGGACGCCAACGGCCAGCCCGUCAUCUAUCCCUGGAUGAAGAAAAUCCACGUCGCCGGGUCAGAAGGGGCGGGAACUCUAUUCGCGAAUGGUCAGUUCCAGCCGGGGUGCGAGCCCAAGCGGCAGCGGACGGCCUACACCAGACACCAGAUACUGGAGCUGGAGAAGGAGUUCCACUUCAACCGUUACCUGACGAGGCGACGAAGGAUAGAAAUCGCCCACUCGCUCUGUCUCUCCGAGCGACAGAUCAAAAUCUGGUUCCAGAACCGGAGGAUGAAGUGGAAAAAAGACAACAAACUGCCUAACACCAAGAACGUUCGGAGAAAGACUAAUCCGGCUGGCGUGACCACCACCGUCACGCCCAAGAACCAACAGCAGAACCAGAACCAAACACAGAACACAACGCAAAACCCCGCCACGCAAGACCAACAACAGCAACAACAGGCAGCCCAGCAGCAGGCGGCGCAGCAACAGGGGACCCCGCACCCGGGGGCCGGCCACCCCCCGGGUUAUCCACACAUGGGAGGGGGAAUGAUGCCGCCAGGCCUGACGCCCAUCUCGGCACCGUAUCCACACGGUGCCAUGAAGCCCGACUACGGCCUCACUACGCUAUAAGGCUGGCCAGAGCCGCCCGCGUGGGGUGCCCGCCCUGCACCUCCCCCUCCAAGUAGCUUUACCCGCUCUAGUGUAAACCCAAAUCUUCCCCAAAUCUACCGGUUUAGUCCACAACAUGCAAACGACGAUGGUGGUGAUGACCCUGGAACACGAUUUCCUGCUCCUGUAGGUGCGGCGCUGGCCACUCGGCGGCCCCGGUGUUGUGGUGUACAAAUAACGAAGGUCAGCCCGCCCUACCUGCCGGUGGAGCCCCGAUGCCCGGGUGCUGACCCCCCAACACCCCAUUAAUCCCCCAUUCCCCACCCAUCAUCCCCCUGGCUGAUGAGUCGCCGCCCAAGAUUGUGAAAGAAAUGAUACUUAUCUCAGGGUUGUGUGUGUUUGUGCUGCCUAGAUUAUACACAAGCCUCAUGGAUCGCCCCGCUGUGGUCACCGACAUUUGAACUCUCCCUAUUUUGUUCCCGGAAAAGACAUUGGUAUGUAGGGAUAUUUUCAACGAUUAAAACUACAUAAAGUGAUACUUAUAGUGAGUCCGCUUUCGGAGCGAUAGCAAUAGUGUGUUAACUCUCGAGCGUAUCGUGCGUGUAGUUUUCCAAAGAAACUCAAACAAAAAACAUUAUAAUAAUCGCAUGUAGUGGAGUGUGCUUAUCUCAGAGUCAGUUACGGAUUAUCCCGUAGUACAUAGUGACUACAUAAUGAAAUUGAAUAUUAGACAAGGAAAUAUGGCGAAACUGAAGUAAUAUUAUAUUAUGUGUGGCUGAUUGACAACGUAGGAGUUGUUAGGAAACGGUGGAAGAGAGAAGAGUUGGUUACUUUUAACUAAAGUGUUAACUAACUAGUUAGUAAGUUAGUUAAAAGUAGUUAACUAACUAAAAGUUAGUUACUUUUAAAUAGUCUUGAACUAUUUGUCAGUUCAAGCACUGGCAAAUUUUGAGGAGAUAAUUUUUCUAUUAUUUGAUUGUAGAGUUGAGAGUUGUGUAUUGUGUAUACAUUAUAUAUACGAAGCUUACGUGUAUACACGCACGACACAUGUGGCAUGUGUUUGGUCCUGAUAAGAACACAGAAGUGUUUAGUUUGUGCAUACUCGUUGGAUCAUGAUAUAUAAUAUUCCGGAUAUGUCAAACCGGAGAACGCAUUCAUAUGUACACGCACGCACACUCACACACAUUUUCACGCACGCGCACAAAUAUUUGCAUACAUGCAUUCAUAUUUGCACGAACACAUAUAUUUACACACACACACACACACACACACACACACACAUACA